ACGUAUUCUUAGUAGUAAGUGGCUCAAUGUGAUUUGUUGUAGGGGCCUUUCUAUUAUUAUGUCUUCACACGGGGAGGAUCUGCUUCAUUUGCCCAGGUCAAAUUGAAAAUCCUAUUAAUGCUUGCCAGGUGAGCGGUAUAAGAAUGAAGGUAGCUGGAAAAUUUAAACUCCAUGCUCACAUGGGCUGUUUUGAUCGUGGAAAUGAACCAGCGGUCAAGGAAGUGGCAAUGUCCUAUAUGUUUGAAGAAUUAUUCUUUGGAGAAAAUCAUCAUAGAUGCCAUGCCUAUUUCAAUCGGAUCACAUCUAAGGUAUUUUCAUGGAUUGUCAUGAGGUCAAUUUUUUUUCUUCUUAACUUUCCAGAAUUACAGAUGAAAAAUUGUGGGGAAGAUGUAGCAGAGAUUGAGGUGAAGCCUGAUGGCUCGUGGUGUGUUAAGGCAGAGCAGAGAGUGACCGCCAGGGUCUUGGGGAGCUUGGCCUGUGGCAUUCACCUAACGGAACUCUCUGUGCAUCCAUUGAGACAGAAAAUGGAUCAUAAACCAGUUAAACCUGAUGUCGUCGCUUCAGAUAGUAAUGCUGGUCUUUGACUAGGGGUGAUAAACAACCAGAAAGGUAGCCGGGAAAUCAGAUGAUUUUUAGGGAAUUUUACCUGCAUAUAUAGGUUCGAAGAAAUUUUAUUAACAAUGGCCAAAUUAUCCUAUGAGCAGCAGUGCUACUGGCAGUGGUAGAGAUUGUGAAGAUGUUAGUGUUUGUUAAUCAGGAUGGUGGGGGAACCCUUCAUUUCUGUAUGGUAAAUGGUAUUGAAUAUGAAACUAAUUCUCUUA